CGCGCACAGUGAGACCAACAACAGAAGAGAACAGGAAAGAGAAAUCAUGAAUCAACUGCUCAGUCCGGGUCUCUGCUGGUUGUGGGUCUCCUUGGUCUGCGGAGGUUUCCUGGAGUAUGACCAGAAUGUUUUGGUGCCACAUGACUGGAGGGAUGUGGGUCGGAUCAGCCCUGAAGAGGAACUCAGACUGACCUUUGCCCUCAAGCAGCAGAAUGUUGCAGAUCUAGAGGACAUUCUCAUGAAGGUUUCGGACCCGGACUCCCCUCUCUAUGGCAAACACAUGAGUUUGGAGGAGGUGUCCAGACUGGUGCGUCCAUCCACAGUCACACAGAAAGAGGUUGGGAGCUGGCUCCAGAGUCAUGGGAUAAGAGACUGUUACACUGUCCACACAAAGGACUUUCUACAGUGCUCCAUGAGCGCAGAGCAGGCGGAGAGGCUGCUUCCAGGGAGCAGGUUCCACCGAUACAUCAGUGAAAACCAGUCUGUGCUGAGGUCUUCCGCUCCAUACUCUGUUCCUGACGAGGUUCAUUCACAUCUGGACUUUGUUGGAGGAGUGCACCGAUUCCCUCCCAAAGUGCAGGACAUCACCCAUAGUUCAUCCCAGUCUAAGCGCUUUGAGGCUGGGCUGCACCUGGGAGUGACCCCUUCCAUCCUCCGGCAGCGCUACAACCUGUCCAGCUCAGAUGUGGGUGGGGCUCACAACAACAGCCAGGCAGUGGCACAGUUUCUGGAGCAGUACUACCACCCUGCUGACCUGUCAGAGUUCAUGAGCCUGUUUGGGGGGAGCUUCCAGCAUCACUCAGUGGUGGAGCAAGUGGUGGGCACUCAGGGAGGGGGGAAGGCCGGGCUGGAGGCCAGUCUGGAUGUGGAGUACAUCAUGAGCACAGGAGCCAACAUCUCCACCUGGGUUUUCAGCAAUGCAGGGCGUCAUGAAUCUCAGGAACCCUUCCUGCAGUGGAUGCUUCUGCUCAGUAACAUGUCUGCUUUGCCUUGGGUCCACACCAUCAGUUAUGGAGAUGAUGAGGACAGUCUGUCCACUGCGUACAUGACCCGCAUCAACACAGAGUUUAUGAAGGCAGGAGUCCGCGGUAUCUCGCUGCUCUUCGCUUCUGGUGACAGUGGAGCUGGCUGUCGACACAUGGGAAAAGAAAAUGCAUUCAGACCCAGUUUUCCUGCAUCAAGCCCCUACGUAAGCACAGUUGGGGGAACAUCGUUCAAGAACCCAUUUAAAUUGUCAGAAGAGGUUACAGAUUACAUUAGUGGUGGAGGUUUUAGUAAUGUUUUCAAGAUGCCCGAUUAUCAGGCCAGUGCAGUUGAAACAUAUCUAAGAACAGCAGCCUCAGCACUCCCUCCUCAAUCUUACUAUAGCCCCACUGGAAGGGCAUAUCCCGACAUAUCUGCUCUGUCUGAUAACUAUUGGGUGGUGACCAACAGGAUUCCAAUACCCUGGGUUUCUGGGACUUCGGCCUCUACCCCUGUCGUAGGAGGCAUGCUGUCUCUCAUUAAUGAUCAGAGACUUCUAAAAGAUCUUCCAGUUUUGGGUUUUCUUAACCCUCGUCUCUACAAGCUCCAAGGAUUGGGCCUCUUUGAUGUAACUGACGGCUGUCACCUGAGUUGCCUGGAUGAGAAAGUCCAGGGGAAGGGCUUCUGUGCUGCUCCAUCCUGGGACCCUGUAACUGGCUGGGGGACGCCCAACUACCCUGAACUACUGACUCUUCUCUUGAACUGAUUACCAAAUCCAUAAGACAAUUGAAUGAGUUUCAGCAAAAUGCUGACAAGUUAGAUUGUGUUUUUCCUGUGCAGAGGCUGGGACUUGGGUAAAUGGAUGAAUUAUGCAAAUUCUUAACUAUAAAUGGCUUAUGCUUUUUACUUUCACCUGGGUUUUUAGCCUUAUAAAUUACUUAUGCAUAAUUUUUUAUGACCUGUUUUAAAUUUGUUCCUGAUUUUAUGAACUCAAAUGCACUGAAAGGUUGGUGUCUUUGCAUUUCCACUGAUUUGUUAUUUUUAUGGUACCAGAAAUAAAAGACACUACCAAAAAGUUUC